AAGCAGCAGCAGUAGCCAGGCGUCAGAUUUUUGCGGAUUAAUUUUCCCCAAACGCGAUCGACAAUCGGGAUGAUGAUCGCGGCACACUGUGGUGGGCAUGCGUGAAGGAAUUGUAGUGUGGUCUCCGGGUCCGGGUGAAGAACAGUUGUCCAGCUGUUCGUCCACGAUCGUUUCAGUCGUGAUCGUGCUGUGUGGUGUGUAAGAUCGUUGAACGCGUGUGAACCGGGUGGGGCUGACUCUACAGCACCAUGUUAACAGUGCAUUAAAUGACUGGGAAUGGCCAGUGGAUCUUAUGUCCGCGCACGGCAUGCGUGACAGCGUGAGUGAUAGAAAUGAGAUCAUCUUCCCAGUGCGCUGGGAAUACCCCGUAGCAUGACAGGUACGGGAGAGCAUAAAUCUGGUGUUUGUGCGCUUUGUGCUAACAGUGUGCUUCCUUGGAUGUGUUUACCAAAGUGGCUGCCGCUGGGCCGUACGACCUAAUGUGUGUGCGCGAUCGUUUUCUGGGUGGUAAUGUUGUACAGUCAAUCAGCAGAAGUUUGUUCCAGUGUUGGCAAGUGUGAUGGGUACAUGUCAGGGCAGUUGUUUGCAGGCAGCUCACUGUGAAACAAGCACGGCGAGCAAGUGAAUUUAGCGUGCGCUCGGUGAAGUGAAGUGAAACUAGUGGAGAAGAAAAACACGUCCCGCGUGGCGAGGAGAGAAAGAAAAACAUGGUUUGCAAGUGGACCAACGGUGGGAGCGAAGGUUCGGUCGUAAUGGCCGCGUUCCUGACCAUGAUCGGGUCGCCCGAUCGGUUGCAGCCGGCAGCUGUUGUUCAGCAGUUGUACUACGCUAACGUGGUCGGUGUGGUGGUGAGUGGUCUGGUGUUGGUCGGUUGCCUUUCCACCCUCGGCUACAUCGUGUGGAAGUACGAGCAAAGGCGCCAUAAUCUGCUGGCUUUGCAUAAUUUGCGGUCAAUCGUACUGCUGGUGGCGCUGCUCAUCGGCAUUGGUGAAAUUGGCCACCAGUGGCUGGCCGUCGAUCGGUUGGGACGCGUUCGGGUCGACUGCACCGGCGGAACGAAGCGACCGGAACUGCACUCUACACAAUCGGAAGCGUUUACGACCGGCCAAGCACUCUUGGAUGCAGAUGCAGUCGCUUGGAAAACGGUUACGGUCGGAUUCGGUGCUGCCUGGCUCGGGCUGCUGGUACAUCUUGGCGUGGCGUGCCUGGUACGGGCUAUCGAGCGACGCGAUAAGUGUGGACUAUUAUACGCCGUGGUGGCGGCCGAAGGCGCCCAGUCGAUAGUGCGAUGGUGCAAAUUUAAAUAUAUCAACGAUGUCACGGACACUGGCAGCCGCGCGGGCAGCAUCCCGACGGGGAGCAGCAUCCUUGGCACGCCGGAAGUGUUCCUGACGCUGGCCGGUGCGCUUGCUGCGACCACACUCACCACCAUCGAUGGAUUCACGCUGUACAUGGAGCAAAACACGGGCCGCCGGCACGUUUCAUCGAUAAUGUCGAGCGAGAAAAAGCUCGGCUACAAGACGCCUCACUCGCCGUUCCUGUCGAAAGUCACCUUCCACUGGAUCGUGCCGCUGCUGUGGCGCGGCUACCGGGAACCGCUGGAACUGGAGGAUCUGGGCAAUCUGCACGAGAAGGACACCAGUCGCUAUCACUACGAUCAGUUUCUGUUCAUUUAUCAAAGCUACAAGAGCACCAGAGCAUCACUGUGGCGUUGCUACGUCCGGAACGGGUGGCGCAUGUUUUUGCUCGGAGGGCUCCUUAAGCUUGGCGGCGAUCUGUGCGCCCUGGUGGGACCACUUUGCAUUUCCAAUAUUGUCGAUUACAUAGCAGCUCAGUCGAUGGUAGCCGGUGUCGGCGAAACGUCCGCAGCGUCCUUAAUUUCGAGCAAUGAGACAGCGCGCUGGAACGGCCCAAACCCGUCCCAAACCGGCUUUGGCAAAUCAAAUCAAUCACCUGUGGCGACAGCCGGUGGCCUGGAUGAAACCGGUGACGGCACGGAUGGUUCACGGCUCGCUAGCGGAGGGCUCGAUACGCUAGCACUUACCUGGGCGUCUCUGUUCGCUAAUGGAUGGAUCGUGUGCGUGCUGGUGCUGGUCGCUUCGCUCGCCCAGGGAACACUGUCCCAGGCGAGCACUCACCUGAUGGACGAGGAAGGCAUACGGCUCAAAAAUGCUCUCCAAGGGUUGGUGUACCGGAAAACGUUGCUGCUCAGCUCGAGCUGUUUUCACGCGGUCGAAAAACUUCCGGCACGUACCGGCCCGCCCGCACCGGACGCUGACCGGCGGCCGCAACAAAGCAAACCGCGAAGGAAAAGCGUCGAAAAUGGGGAACGCCACCGCCGGGAGUCACCAUCGGUUGAGAACAAUGUCAACAGGCGUGCAGCAGAUGCAACCGAAUUGGACACGGAAGUGAUCGAACAUAAAACAUCGGUUGCAAGCGCGAACGGUGCGGCGAGUGAUGAACGACGGCCAACACCAAAUGCAACGCCCGCGAAUGUCGAUCGGGUUCACGCGGCUAGCGAUCGGAGAUCGACCUGGGAAGGUAACGCAGCAGAGCAGCGUCUGAUUUGUGAUGCACAAUCCGGUGAAGAACCGUCCACGAGUGUACCAUCGGCAGUGGCAGCGGAAGGACCGAGCGACCAGGGACGGAAUGGACCGCACUUUGCGCACGAUGCUGGCACCAUCACGAACCUAAUGUCGGACGAUGCGUUCAACGUGAUGUCGUUCGUGAAGAUGGUACACUAUGUGUGGGCCAUCCCGCUAAAGAUCGCCGUCGUGAUGUACCUGCUGUAUCGUCAGCUGGGGAUUAGCACGGUAAUUGGAUCGGUCGUUUGCAUCGUCACGAUGACACCGCUGCAACUGCUGAUCGGUAAACUGAUGGCGGCCAACUCCAAGAAAGCAUCGGAAUGCACCGACGAGCGGUUGCGGCGCAUCAACGAGGUACUGCUGGGGAUAAAAUUAAUUAAACUGAACGCAUGGGAGAGCGUAUUCAAAGAUAAAAUUUCGCAAGCCCGCCAGCAGGAGCUGCGCCAUCUCGACCUCGACUCAAUCUACUGGACAUUAAUGAUGCUGCUCACCCACAUCUCCUCGGUGCUAAUUACCAUCGUAACGAUAGCCGUGUUUCUCGCACUCGAAAACAACCCGAUCGAGUUGACGGCCGGUCGGCUCUUUGCAUCGCUGGCCCUCUUCAAUCAGCUCACCGUGCCACUGUUCAUCUUCCCCAUCACGAUCCCCAUCACUCUGUCGGCCAUCGUGAGCACCACCCGGUUGGAAGCUUUCCUCAGCCAGCCCGAGGUUGAGCGUGGUUCACUCGAAGGUAUCCGCACGAUGGCUCGAAUCCUAAGCAAAAGUGAUGCCUCCCUAGACAUGGACGAAGCGGGCGACACGUCGGACGGUGGAGAAGCCCGGGCCACGGAUGCACCAGCGCCUGCAACGCCCAGCACCGUCGAAGGCGAAAGCGAGCGCGCUAAAUCGCCCGAUAAUGUCACCGGUUCGCCGCAAACCGAGCGGAAAGCUGCUGACAAUGGUCCUUCGCCGGAAGUCAGUGGGAAAAGCUGCAGCCAGCAGUCGUCCAUGAGUUCGGGCCGGUCGAUUAGGUCCGAUCAGGUGGAACCGGCUGUAAUGGACCGGUCGCAGGUUGGCCGGCACCGACCGGCCAAGUACCAAAAGACGGCUCCCGGGCCACGGGUGAAGCUGAAGAAGAACAGCCAGCUGUCGGUGAGCGCACGGCUGGAGAAGUGUCGCCAGAAGCAGAAGCACCUGGCACGGGAAAUGCGUUUCGGGCUGCCCGACCAUGCGGCCGUGUUUCUUAAGGAUGCUCGGUUCCGGUGGACCGGUACGGUGGGUGCCGACCGUGCCCUGUACACGCUCCACAUCGAGCAGCUGACCGUGCCAAAAGCUAAGCUGACCGUCAUCGUUGGACGCAGCGGGAGUGGCAAAUCGUCCCUGCUGGCAGCACUGCUCAAAGAGAUAAAUCAUCUUUCCGGCGAACUGAUCUGGAAUAAAUACUCAUCGAUUGCGUACGUUCCGCAGAAACCGUGGCUACAGAACGCCACCAUCCGGGAGAACGUUCUGUUCGGCGAGAGCUUCCGGCCGAAGCGGUACGAGCGGGUGUUGCGGGCCUGUGCACUGAAGCCGGACCUCGACCUGAUGCCUGCCGGCGAUGGAACGGAAAUUGGCGAACGUGGCCUCAAACUGUCCGGCGGUCAGCGGCAACGUAUCGCCAUCGCCCGUGCCCUCUACUCGUCGGCCAAUGUGGUAAUUUUGGAUGAUCCACUGUCCGCCCUGGACAACGAGGUCGCAAUGGACGUUUUCGAGAACGGUGUCCACCGGAUGCUGGCACGCCAAAAGCGCACCAUCAUCCUGGUCACCCAGAAGGUGCAGCUGGUACAUCGAGCCGACAAUAUCGUGGUGAUGGAGGGCGGUACGGUCAGUGCAACAGGUUCGCUGACGGAAAUCGAGAACAAUUAUCCGCACAUCCUGCGGGAGUGGAAUGCAAUUAUAGCGAAGGAGCAGCAACAGUCGAGCGAAGCACAAUCGAGUCCGGGACGAACGGCUCGGGAACGAUGGAAGCUGUUCAAGAACAUUUCACGCAUCAGCUUUCAGCGGAAUCAUGCCACGGAGGAGAACGACUUCAUGGAGGUAAGUGUGCGCACAUUUUACUUCCCCCGAACGAUGGCCAACCGGGCGCUGUUUGGAUCCCGCUUCUCGACCCACGACUUUCCGCUACCGAUCGAAGACUGUCACGAACCGAACGUCGCCCUACGCCGACACUUCUCCAAUCGAUUGCGCAAGGAUUCACCGCCCUCGUCGGCAGUUGUGUUGCGUCGCCAGGAUCCGCUCGGGUCCAUCGAUCCAGCCGGUACCGGACAUCAGAAUGUGUUCCGCGCGUUGUCACUACAGCUGGGUACUUCCAGGGCCGGAAGCAACGCAACAACUAGCCCGACGGCGAACCAACGGCAGCGGCAACCUGCGGUCGUUGUGCGUCACAUUUCAUUCCCAACCACGCUGACCACGAGCAGGGGUAGCGCUGGUACGGCCCCCGACGAUCAGUUGUACCGGAUACGGGCCAACGAUGGUGGCUGUGAGUUUCACCCGGCACAGUUAGCUUCCACUGCCUCGGGACCGUCGGCCCUGUCCGGCCAGCAAAGAAUUCUUGACAACAUGGACGACACGGCGACGGGAGAUUCGGACCUCGGGCCGAACCGACCAGGUGUGCCGGAACAGAAUGAGGCCAGAAAUAGUUGCGACGAUUUGAAGCGUAGCUCCAUCGGAUUCCGCAUUCCAGAGUUCCUGCGAAGGAUGUCCGUUCGGGGCCGCCGGUUUUCCAACCCGACCGAGUUUGGCCGACCGUACGGCGAGCGCGGCUCAAGGAAGUCAUCACGGAAGACGAGCUCGCUAAAGUUGGUAAGCAUUCCGAAGGAGCGACAUCAUUCGAUCAAACGAUUGCUAUCGACGAUAUCGCGCCGCAGCGAGGACACGGAGGAAUCUUCCGUUGAUUGCGGUGAAGCCGAAGUGUCCAAUCGAUUGAUCUACGACGACGAGCGCAAAUACGGCCGCAUCCCGACCCGCAUGUACUGGCUGUAUCUGAUAUCGUGCGGUCCACGAAUGGUGGCCAUCUUCUUUCUGAGCGCGUUAGCCCAGCAAGCCCUCAAAGUGUACACCGACUUCUGGCUGCAGGAGUGGACGGAUCAAACGUCGACCGUAUCGCCAACCAGCGGGUCAGCAGAAAUCGUCGACGGCCAACCGCCGAAACCGCUGGAGAUACAGCGCCACUUUCAAGCGUACGUUGCACUGUCGGCCGUUUGUAUCGUGCUGGCGGCCAUUUCCGUGCCGGCCGGUCAGCGUGCGGGAAGCAAUGCCCGGCGGCGACUACAUCGGGAGCUGAUUGCAUCGGUGCUUCAGAAUUCCAUCCAUUUCUUCCAAUCGGUACCCGUGGGGCGGAUCAUGAAUCGGCUCAGCGUCGACGUGGCUGUGGUGGAUAAGAAAAUCGCUGCAACAAGUCAGAAGCUGCUACAAUUCAUUCUGCUGUGUCUGUGCGCCGUACUCAUAAAUAGUGUCGUGACGCCGUAUUUCAUCCUGUUAACAAUACCAAUUUGUGGCAUUUACUACUUGGUGCAAAAAUUCUACCGUGCAUCGUCCAGAGAACUGCAGCGGAUUGAAAGCAUGACCUAUUCGCCGGUGCUGGCUCACUUCUCCGAAACCAUCGACGGUGUUACGACGAUCCGCGCCUUCGGUCAGGAAGCACGGUUCAUGGAGGUCCUGUUCAAGCGCAUGGAGGCGAACAACGUGGCCCAGAUUGCGCUGAACUGCAGCAAUCGGUGGCUCGGUAUCGCGCUGGACUAUCUCGGAGCCAUCAUCGUGUUCGUGGCCAUCCUGACCGCACUGAUUACAGCGAGCCUGCGACCACAGUCCACCAGCUCGUCGCUGAUCGGGCUGGCGGUCAACUACGCGAUGCUGGUACCGAUCUAUCUGAACUGGGUCGUGAAGCUGUUCGCCGAGAUGGAAAUGUAUGGUGGUGCGGUCGAGCGGAUACAAUCCUUCAUCGAGACCGAUGUCCACCGGCACCGACGGUUGGGCGGGCGUGGCGAACGCCACCGCUCGAGGUCCGACGUACCCGGCACGCUAGAGGCACCCCUUUCAUAUAAGAGCGUACCAAUAUCCUGGCCACUGAGGGGUGACAUCGUGUACGAGGGUGUUUCGCUGCGCUACGAAAAUCAAAAGGAGAACAUAAUCACAAAUUUGAAUUUAACAAUCCCAGCGGGCCAACGGCUUGGCAUCUGCGGACGUACCGGAAGUGGAAAAUCAUCGCUCGCACUGGCCCUGUUCGGUGCGCUGGAGGUAACGGCCGGUCGCAUUCUGAUUGAUGACGUUGACAUUGCCGGGCUCCAUACGGAUGAAUUACGGUCGCGGCUAUCGAUCAUCCCGCAGGAGGUGAUGCUGUUCGGUGGCAGUGUCCGCGAGAACCUAGACCCUAGGGGACACUUUUCCGACCUGGAGCUGUGGAACUGUGUGGAGCUGGCGCAGCUGAAAAGCGUCGUUAAGGCAUUACCGGAUGGAUUGGAUACGCAGAUAUCGGACGAUAAGCAUUACUUUAGCAGCGGACAAAGGCAACUGUUCUGUCUUGCCCGGGCGAUACUGCGCGGUUCGGUGUGUCUGGUGCUGGACGAGGCAACGUCCUCGCUCGACACGGAAACGGAGAAGCUGGUACUGCAGGCGGCCAAGAAAGCGUUCAAGGGUCGCACCGUGAUUACGAUAGCGCAUCGGCUUCAUUCGCUGUUUGACUACGAACGGGUGCUGGUGCUGGAACGGGGCCGCAUCGUGGAGGAUGGAUGUCCCAAGCAGCUGGCUGGAACGCCGGGCAGCAAGUUCGGCACCAUGCUGAAGGCGACCGAUCACCAGCAGCACUCGAUAAAGGAGGACGAUGGGUGAAAUGGAUGGGUCGGCAGCGGGUCGGCAGAAAGCAUUAUUGAUGUUCUCGUUCGAGUAAAGGUAGAUGAAAGCUUGUCUGAUGGGUUCGGUAAUGGAGGAUCAGCUUUACUUAACCAACUAUUGCCUUCAAAUGUAGUCUUAUCUGGAUGAGUGGUAAAAUUCUAGGUAGAAUCUACAUGUUAAAUAUUCUAGUUCAAGGAAAAGUGAUACAUGCAAUGUUUUGCUGAUAAAUUUUUGUUCAAAUUGUAUCGUAUUUUAAUAAACUAUAAAGUAUACUUCAACA